GGGCUGAUCCCAGGGGUCUCGUGGGAAUGCACGAGGCCACGGGCGGGGUUUCCACGGCCGCUAACCCACCCUCGCUGACUGCGAGUCGAACACCGCGGUGAGGCGGCUCUCCGACCUCACUCACCCGGAAGGUUAGACUUGGCGUGAUGAGUGGACUGUGGGUUCUGGGUUUGAGUCUUUUUGCGUUCUGCUCCGUACAGCCGCCCUCCGUUGCUCUUCCCGCCAAUAAAUGCUGGCUGUCUCCCCGCUUCCGCAAAGUCUGCGGAUUUGAGGGAAUCUCCGGACGCCAGUGUGUUUUAAGAGGCUGCUGCUUUGAAGAGGGGAAUAUUGAUGUACCAGCGUGUUUUCAUUCCCUGGACAAUAUUCCCAAAUGCACCGAGGACGGGCGGGUGUUGGUCGCCAUCUCCAAGGAUCUGACGCUGCCUCCUGUGAACCUGAGCACGGUGUAUGUUACGAGUGGGACCGGGACGGGGGCCGAGGCCGAGUGCCGCCCUACCGCGGUUUCUGCCCACGCUGUACUCUUCCAGUUCGCGCUGACCAAGUGUGGUACCACUCAGCGGGUGGACGGAGGAAAGGUUGUGUACGAAACGGACGUGUUGGGACAGUUUGAGAUCUUGGGUGGAGCUUUUGGCUCGGUGAGUCGGGACAGUACCUUCAGGCUCCAUGUGCGGUGCAGUUACCAGGGGGAUCAAAAGUCCGACCUCGAGGUGACGCCCCGUGUUUAUACCCUUUCUCCGCCACCGCCGGCCACUGCGAUCGGGCCCCUGCUGCUGGAGCUGAGAAUAGCGCGAGAUGGCGGCUAUAGGAGGUGGUAUGCGGCCCGUGACUACCCGAUCGUGAGUGUGCUGCGAGACCCUGUGUUUGUAGAGGUUCGUGUCCUGAACCGCAACGACCCGUCCCUUGUGCUGGUUCUCAAUGAGUGCUGGGCGACCCCUGGGCCGGAGCCGCAUUCGGAUCUCCGCUGGGACCUUCUGGUGGACAGAUGCCCAUUCGCUGGUGACAACUACAAAACCCGCCUAGUCCCGGUGGACGCGGCUUCCCAUUUGCGCUUUCCAACGCACCAUCAGCGGUUCGUCGUCAACACUUUCGCUUUCUGGGACCGGCUUUCGACCCGCGCCCUGAGCGGGGAGGUUUAUUUCCACUGCAGCGCUGAGGUUUGUUCGCCCCCUGCUCCGGAGAACUGCAUGGCGCCCUGUGGUCACAAGAAGCGAAGAAGCGCCUAUGAGCGGGCUGGGGUCUUGAUGGCAGCUGCUGGACCCAUCAUUCUGCAAGAUGAGGAACGCUUGUCUACGGAACACCGCCAAGGGGAUGGAGAUGCUGCCGUUGAUUCCCCGUCCUGGGUCAUUCCUGGAGUGGCGGCCGGGGCAGCGCUGCUCUCCGUGUCCCUGUUGAUCGGCACUGUGGCUUUGUGGUAUCAGGAGACGGGUGACAGGGCGGGCCCUGUAGGCAAAUCCAUUGAACUGUAGAUGUUUGCGUUGGUGAAUAAACUGAUGUUGUGACUGAUGCUGCCUCUCCAGUGGCUCU